GAGAAAGGUGCGCUGCGCAGUGUCCCGACUUCGAAUUCCAAGUUGGAUUACCGUUCAAAAAGAUUUUCCCAGCCAGAGCUCAUUUUUCCCGAGUUCCCAGUUGAUCUGAAAGCACUGAAGUCGGAGAUUUCCGAGUUCAGCUGAUUUGAAUGCCGCAAACGUCCAGACUUCGGUCAAUGACGCACAGACAGGAGCGCACAUUGGAACUGCAGGACUCUUGAGUAACCAUGCAGACAAUUGAAGUUCUGAAACAGGCCAUCUCCAGCCUGGAUCCUACCCAGCAGCAGCAGCUCUUGGUGGCCGGGUCUGCGGUGGCCGUGGGCGGGCUGCUGACCUGUUAUUACUGGGUGUAUCAAGGGACGAAGGCCAAGCGCAUUCCAAUAGGGGGUGGGUGGUGGGGGGCAGGAGAGAAGCCUCAGUCAGAGGAUGAGAAGGUUUUCCCCUUUCAGGUCCAAACUUCUGAUGAAGAGAUACAGGACUUGUAUGACCGUAUUGACAGGACCCGGUACACUGAACCCCUGGAGGACGCAGGUUUCCAGUACGGCUUCAACUCUACCUACCUGAAGAAGGUGGUCUCCCACUGGAGGCAUCAAUUUAACUGGAAGAAGCAGAUUGCAAUACUCAACAAGUACCCUCAAUUCAAAACCAAUAUCGAGGGAUUAGAUGUACACUUCAUCCAUGUGCGUCCACCUCACCGUGAGGGUCAGAGGGUGUUGCCUCUAAUGCUGGUGCAUGGCUGGCCUGGCUCUGUCUAUGAGUUCUAUAGGAUCCUGCCUUUACUCACUGACUCGCUGGACAGUCUGGCUUUCGAGGUCAUCUGCCCCUCCAUCCCAGGAUAUGGCUUCUCUGAGGCCCCUCGUAAGCAAGGGUUUAACUCUCUGGCUGCAGCGAGGGUCUUCCACAAGCUGAUGGAGCGUCUGGGUUUCUCAGAGUAUUAUCUGCAGGGAGGAGACUGGGGCUCACUCAUCACUACUAACAUGGCCCAGAUGAAGCCAGAGUGUGUGAAGGGUCUCCACCUCAACAUGUUAACUAGCAAACUGAGGGGGUUCGGUGUCCUGUUUUCCAUCCUGAUUGGCCGCUACGUGCCCUGGCUGGUUGGGUUCACCAGGGAAGAUGUCAGAAGGUUGUUUGGUUCCGUAGGUUUCAUGGAAAGGAACAUCUAUGAGAUCAUCAGAGAGACUGGCUACCUGCACAUCCAGGGCACCAAGCCAGACUCCGCUGGUUGUGGACUGAAUGACUCUCCAGUUGGCCUGGCUGCUUACAUACUGGAGAAGUUUUCCACUUGGACUGACUUCAACAACAGGGACUUGGAAGAUGGGGGGCUGGAGAGGAAGUUCACCCUGGACGACCUGCUGACCAACAUCAUGAUCUACUGGACCACCGGCUCCAUCGUGUCCUCCAUGAGGUUCUACAAGGAGAACUUAAAGACCAACAUUGACAACAGACUGGAUAAUAAUACGGGGGUGUAUGUGCCUACAGGCCUGGCCGCGUUUCCCAACGAGCUAAUGCACGUGCCCCAGUCGUGGGCCAGAGACAGGUUCAGGAACAUCUACUCCUACUCUUACAUGCCCCGAGGAGGCCACUUCGCUGCCUUCGAGGAGCCACAGCUCCUGGCUGACGACCUGCUGCAGUUUGUGAAGAAGGUGGAGAAGUUGUAGAGUUGAUGGAUACAAGAGGUCGACUCUCCACUCCUGCCAAGUUUCUGGAAGAAAAACCAGCAGGACUGCAGAACGUGAUAACACUACAGCUUGGAAUUGUAGCUCUGUACUAAAAACAUUUAAAUGUUAAUCUAUGAUAAAGUCAGAAGCACUGUCUGAUUAUCAGGUAAAUACUUUGUCAAUCAGUGAUGUUAACACUGCAAUAUGAUCAUGCUCAGUGAUUGUGUUGGUGUAAUAUUAAGCCUAUACAGUCAACAUAAUGGACCAAUACUGUAAUAAAAAAAUGAAAUGAUCAGCACUUCAAUACAGAUUACAAAUGUCUUCCAGAUUCCACCACAACUGUGUGAAAGCAGGCUCAAUCACAGAUGUAUGUUCUUCUCGGUUCAAUAAUGAAAUACUAAUUAUUUGUGAGGCUGGUUUCCAGGAGUGAUCAGGACACAGCUUAAGUUUAGUCCUGGACUAAUAAUAUUUAAAUGGUAGUGUUCCAUUGAGCAUGAUUUUUAGCCUAGGUCUAGAUUAAGCCUAGUCUGUCCCGGAAUUCAUGAUGAAUUUUAUGUUUCUUUCUAUGUCUGUUCUUGUUGUAAUAAUGCUGUACUGCUAUAAUAUACUAUACUACUGCUGUACUGUUAUAGCAUAUUAUACUACUGCUAUACUGCUAUAGUAUACUACUGCUGUAAUCAUGUCUAUUGUGACGACCCUGUAAGGCAGGGAUGUCAAACUCAUUCUACAGAGGGCAAAGUGUCUGUAGGUUUUCCUUUCAAUUAAAACCUAGACAACCAGGUGAGAGGAGUUCCUAACUAAAUAUACUUCAAUGUGUUCCAUUGAGCAUGGUUUUUAGUCUAGGUCUAGAUUUAGCCUAAUCUAUGUCCAGGAAACCAUGACGAAUUUUCUGUGGACCCCAGGAAGACUAGCAGUUACUAAGGCAUCAGCUUAUGAGGAUCCAAAUAAAGAAAUUAAACAAAUUAA